AUUUCUAUGACAUUUUAAUAACUUCAUGGUAAAUAAAUAAAUGACUCACAGAUUUGACAAGUAACGAUAUCCAUGAGUAAUCUUAAUCUCUAAUUUUCAAAAGUUUUCGGAAGUAUAUUCCUACGUUCUCAUUUCCAGCAUUUCACAAAACUUGCACCACAAGUGCAUAACAUUUAAAAUGGGUAAUAUUCUGGAACCGAAAAUUUUUAAGACUGUGGAAGAAUUUCAAUUUCAUGAACCACUCCUUGAUGACAACAGUAAUGGUUUAUAUUUCAAUAAUAUUUAUAUACCAGAAGAAGUUGUUUUUAAAGUGUUGACGUUUUUAAGUCCCAAGGAAGCAUUAAAAUAUACAUUAGUAUGUAGGAAAUGGUGCAAUAUAAUAAAAUCUGAUUUAUAUUGGCGUGAAUUGAUGAGACUUAAUUCAGAUGAAAAACCAGGGGAUUUUCCUUGGUAUGUGUAUUAUUGUUAUUUGACAACAAAGAACUUCAAAAAUUUAAUGCAAAAUGGAAAUGGAGCUAAUCAGUUUAAACAUUGGGAACUAAUGCAAAAUGGAGGUAAUGGUAUUGUUGUUGAACGUGAACCCAUAGGAUGUGACCCUCUUCCUAAGGAACCUGAAUUUGAAACGUCGAAAAGCUGUUUUGCCACAUCUUUUGGUUAUGGAACAAUGCAACAAGUCAUAGAUCUAACAAACAAACGUUUGCUAAGGUAUAUUUUGAAGCAAUUUAAUUUACCUAUAUGUGCUAGUGACUGGACAGCAGGAAGAUUUGAUUGCACAAGUAUUUUUAACAUAAUGGUUAGAUUAAUAUCAAAUGAUACUUCUGGAAACCCAAUGAUUUCAGAGAAAGGGGAAAGUGUACUCCUUUUAGACCCUGAUCGGACACAAUGGAGAAAAGUUGAAUUGAUAAUUACCGAUUAUCCUAAGAAUAUAAUAAAAAUAGAGUUUAUUCAACAAGGAAAAGAUAAACAAUUUUGGGCCGGAAAUUAUGGAGCAAAAAUGUCUGGAGCAGUAGUGAAAAUUUUGUUACAUAAACCUUAAACUAAUAUUUUGAUCUUUAAAAUUAUGCUCUUAACAUUAUCUGUUUGUAAACUAUACUUACUAUAUUUUUAUAUGAAUGUUACAAAGAGGCUUAUUUAAAUAAUUGUUUUUAAAAAUAUAUUGUUCAUAUUA